AUUUAGGGUCCCCUGGUCUCUCGGGUGCACGCCAUGCUCGUUCCCGUAAAAAAUGAAAUGUGUUGUUGCCAAUGACUGUAUAUGGUUGUUGCCUCGCCUUUACAAGUGGAAUUUGCUGUAAAGGAUCUCCGACUCCUCGCCAUGUCUGAUGCGGCCGUUGCUUGUCAGCAGUCCGGGAUUCACGUUGUUCCACCGGGCUUACUUCCGUAGUUUUCUAUGUAUCGAUUAAAUAAUGUUCUCUUAAUAGUAACAUUUUACAGUUAGACACAUAUUUUCCACAAACGCUCGGAAUUGUAUUGGAUAAGCUUGUACGCGAGCCAAAUUCUUCGUGUGGAUUUCCCACAUUGUUCUAUUCGAAACGAGGGUGCUGUGGAGGGCAGAGUGAAUUGUCAUGAACGAGCCCGUAGAGAGCGGUGUGGUCUCAUUUGACGAAUACGUGCGUCAGAAGGCCCGCAGUGUGCCCCAGCACCGUAUGAAGGAGUUCCUGGAGUCCCUGGCCAACAAAGGCCCUGAGACGCUGCAGGACUUCAGACAGCAGGGCGACGCCGCCACUACCACCACCAUGGUUUACCAGCAGGGGGGCAACUGUGUAUACACAGACAGCACAGAGGUAGCUGGCUCACUGCUGGAGCUGGCCUGUCCGGUGCAGGUGACCUCUGCACAGAUCUCACCCCAGAUGGCUUCUGGUGUGCACCAGGGGUCUGAACAGCUGAUACAAGUACAGGUGCAGAUCCAGGGGCAGCAGGGCCAGACGGUGGACCUCCAGGGCAUUCCCACAGCAGCGCAGCUAGUCCAGCAAGGAGAGCUCACAGAGGAGCAGCACCAACAGAUCCAGGCCCAGUUGGUGGCAGCAGUGUCAGGCGGUCAACAAAUCCAACAUAUUCAACUACAAGGGGGUCAGCAAAUUCAGCUCCAAGGAGGUCAACACAUCCAGCUUCAAGGGGACUUACAGGGUGGUCAACAAAUCCAGCUGCCGGGCGGUCAACAAAUCCAGCUGCCGGGCGGUCAACAAAUCCAGCUGCCGGGUGGUCAACAAAUCCAGCUACCUUGCGGUCAACAAAUCCAACUGCCGGGCGGUCAACAAAUCCAACUGCAAGGUGGGCAACAAAUCCAGCACAUUCAGCUACCAGGCGGUCAACAAAUUCAACUACAGGGAGGCCAGCAGAUCCAGAUCCAGACGGUGGAGGCCAUGUCUCCUCAGCAGCAGCAGGGCUCUCCCCGAGAGCCAGAGAGGAGAGCUGGCGUCCUCCAACCUGCCAAGAAGCGCAAGAUGGAUGUCCCCAUCCAGGUGUCCUAUGCCCUCCCUCAGAGCCAGCAGGGCCAGCAGGUGGUUCUGGCCCUCCCCCAAGGGCAGGGGCAGCAGCAGCAGUACUUGUCCAUCCGGCCAGACCUGCUCACUGUGGACAGCACCCACCUGUACAGCACCACGGGUACCAUCACAGGCCCUGCCGGGGAGACCUGGACCAUCCCUGUGUACUCUGGGGGGCAGCAAGGGGGCGUGCAUCAUAUUGCCAUUCCCCAAGAGGCAUACAGCACGAUGCAGGUGUCCUCCAAUCACCACGACAACAAGGACAAUGGAGUGGCCCACUCCUCAUCGUCGGGUGCCUUGUCCGUCCAGUCGGGGGGCACUGUGUCGGUGUCCGGGACGACGAAUGAGGAAGUUGUGCAGACGCUGUUCCCAACGCAGUUCAUGAACGGGAACAUACACUGCCCAGUGGUGGUGCAGACGGUGGGCGGGGCUUACAAUAGCACGCAGCAGCUUCACAUCUGGGACGCCCAGCAGCAGCAGGAACACCAGGAGCACCAGCUCCACCUACAGGGUCACGUGGAGUCAGAGUCCCAGGUGGAAGCCCCCCAGGAGCUACUGAUGCCCAUCUCCCUGAAGCCUGAGGAGGGCCUGGAUGUGUGGCGCCUCUGGGUCCAGCGCAAGAACGCAGAGCUGGACAAGGACGAGCAGAACAAACUGGCACCCAUUGGACGUCGGCAGGCCCUGCGCUUCCAGGAGGACCUGGUGUCGAGUGCGGUGGCUGAGCUCAACGUGGCUCUGGCUCUCAUGACCCGGGAGGCCCAGGGGCUGGAGGGAGAAAGUUUUGAGCCUGAUGCCCUCUACUACAUCUUCCUGUGUAUACAGAAGUACCUCUUUGAAAACGGACGGGUGGAUGAUAUCUUCUCUGACCAGUACUACACACGCUUCUCCCAGUGGUUACACAAAGCCCUGGAUGAGUGGAGGCCCAGCAUCCAUCCACUAGGGUACAUCAUUCCCAGUCACGUGACAGAGGAGAUGCUGUGGGAGUGUAAACAACUAGGAGCCCAUUCACCAGCCACGCUGCUUACCACACUCAUGUUCUUCAACACUAAGUAUUUCCAUCUGACGACGGUAGAGCAGCACUUGAAGGUGGCCUUCUCCAAGGUGCUGAGACACACCAAGAAGAACCCGUCCAACCCCAAGGACAAGAGCACCAGUAUCCGCUAUCUGAAGGGCCAUGGCCCUUUGGGGACACACCAUGCUGGGCAGAAAGUGACUGAUGACAUGUAUGAGGAGCAGGCUGAGGAUCCUGAGAACCCGCUGCGAUGCCCCAUUAAACUGUAUGACUUUUACCUCUUCAAAUGUCCCCAGAGUGCUAAGGGGCGUAACGACGCGUACUACCUGACGCCAGAGCCUGUCGUGGCGCCAAACAGUCCCAUAUGGUACUCCACUCAGCCAAUCACAAGUGAGCAGGUGGAGCACAUGCUCACACGCAUCAUCAUGGUGCGAGAGAUCCAGGAGACCAUCGCCAUGUCGUCGGUCAACAUGCACUGAGCCAGGAGGGGAGGAACCGAAGCACACUCUUCACUCCGAAAUCAUCCCUUCUCUAGUGUUCCUCUUUGUUGUACCUCCUUCACUCAGUGUCUAACUCUAAGGACCUCCAGUGGCCUCAGUCUUACCCAUCACACCUUUCAACCACAGGAGUGGGGGAGUGACAGUGUUUACAGAGUGGAUUUAUGGGCCUUUAAGUACAGUACCAUGUGUUUAUUCAUUCAAUGACAAUUAUGUCACCCUCAAUGCCCAGUCCAGAAUAACUGAUGUUGUUUUUCACACGUGUCACCCACCACUUCACAUAAACCCCUCCUCACUUCACCAUAAUGUUUUUCCUUGGACUGACGAGACCAGUGGAUUUUGACAAACUCAGCAAAUCGGAGCUCCUCGUCUACUCUUGUAGGCCACUGCAGCCCCCCAAUAAAACUGAAGUAGGCAGAAAUGGAUGGUGAAAUAUUGGGACUAAUUCAGUCUUAAAUACAUUAUACACAUGUAACUCUUUUACCACACGCGACCUCUUUCCUCCAAGCUCUCAGGUCCCAGACAUCGCAGGAUAACCUACAGACAUUUAAUAGGACCUCUGCUCACUUUCUUAUAUAUAUAUAUAUAUAUAUAUAUAUAUAUUGGCAUUUAUGAUCUCCUGUAUGUAUUGAUAUUAUGGUGUUGGAGGCUAAAGAAAGUCUGUGUUUUCAAUAAUGCCUUUUGUACUGUGUGAUUUGAGAUGCAUUAUGUCAAGCCUUGGCUCUGAUGUUGAACAGUUCACAAUACAGUAGGUUAUGUUGCUGUCUUCA